AUGUCAUAUUUGUCUGCCGGGGUAGACUUCUCUGGUGUCCCGAGGCUCUGCGUACUGGAAGAUGUCGUUGAUGGUAGCAUGGAAGUCUCGACAGAUGCCUUUGCGUCGGAUGGUGGCAAUGUCUUACACUCUGGUAAGAUCCUGGGUUCGUCAUCUACAACAGCGUACUCUAGAAUCAUCCUUUGCAGCUCCGGCGCGAGCCGAUUGAACGGUUUUGGGACAUUGCUGAAUCGGUCAGUCUUGGCCGAAGCCAUCGGAUCCCAGAUGACUUACCUUGCUGUGAGGCUCAUUGGGUUCAUACAACGAUAUGCAAAUAUGGCCUGGUUGUGGAGGGUGAAGGAUCCUAAGUAA